AUGUUUGUUGUACUGCUUCUUAUUCUUUGGAGCUUUGCUGCUAAAUCUUUAGCCAGAGGUAUUACAAGUGCAGAAGGAGCAGCAUGCUUGAAUGUGGCCAACAAUUUUACAAAUUUCCCGUUUGAUUGUCCUCAGCCAGAUUUAUCAUAUACCUGUCGGUGUGUCGAUAAGUCAUUUUUGGGAACAGUUAUCAACUGUAUCGAAACAUAUGCUCAGGAUAGUCAAGCAUUGGCCCAGGCAUAUUCUUAUCUUUUAGACACAUGUUCAAGCCAAGGUCAUCAAAAGUACAGAAUGGUUCACGUGGCUAGUAUUUAUGACAAUGCCACUGAAUAUUUGAAGCCAAUGGAUAGCAUUGAGACGUCCUCAGUCCUCAGAAAUCCCGUUACAAUAUCACAGAAAGCGUUUACCGUGUCAUAUGAUAGUGUUGUAAAUCUAAUGAAGCAAAGAAAUGAUUCGACAUACAUGGGUUGGGCUCUUUAUGGCUAUUGGGCAAUCAUAUUUUUGGUUGCCGCAGUAAUAAAUAUUGCCCACUGGUGUUGUCCGUACGCUUCAGAAAGAAUUGAGCAAACCAAAUUUGUUAACUGGCUUCGGAGAAGUCUUAUUUGUCCACAGUUAGUGAGACCUUCGCAGUUAACAAGGCUAAAGCUAUUUUCUAAAAAUGACAAUAAAAAGACAGAGAACACUCACGAUCUAGGUAUUCUUGAAUCAGUAUAUCGUCUGCCCGUCAGAGUCCACGCUUUGAUCAUAUUCGUCUACUUUUGCCUUGUUGCAAUUCUUUGCUGCGUUGAUUAUAAGAUCGUGAGUCCAAAUACAAUUUUCAGAUGUCCUAGGGGUCAGAAGUUUGUCGAUUAUGCUGACAGGACAGGAAUUAUAGGCACUAUCCAGCUUCCAUUGGUGUUUUUGUUUGCUGCAAGAAAUAAUCCAUUAACUAAGAUCACCGGUUUUAGCUACAGAACAUUUCAAACAUUUCACAAAUGGGUUUCCAGAAUUGCAUUUAUUCUAUUGCUACUUCAUUGUGUGUUCUAUUUGAGCUACGUAAGAGCUCGAGGUGAUUAUAUUGCAAGAUGGGGUUUAUUAAAAUGGAGAAUGGCCAACACAGCCUUUUCCGCCCUUUGCAUUACUAUGGUGUGGGGUUCCUUACGUAGGAGGUAUUACGAAUGGUUCAAAGCUUCUCACAAGAUUCUUUUGAUAAUAUUCACCGUUGGUGCCUGGUAUCAUUGCCUAACUCUUGGUUGGAUAGAGUAUUUGGCCGUGUCAUUUUCCAUCUGGGCUGCCGAUUACAUUUUCCGGAUUGCAAAAAUUGCUUCCACCGGUGGACUUCUUAAGGCCAGAUGCAAGGUGAUAUAUAGGGUGGAAGAACAACUGGAAUCUGGAAAAAAGAUACUGAAGAAAGUGCCACAUUCAAUUAGGAUGGAAGUGAAUCAUUCAGGAUGGUGGAAACCAUUUCCUGGUGUCUAUUGUUGGGUUUAUUUCAUGAGAUGGAAUAUGGCUUGGCAAGCACACCCUUUUACUGUAGUUUCAACAACAUCACAACAAAAUUUCAAUCAGUUAGUAUUCAUCAUCAGGGUUAAGCGAGGACUAACGAAGCAACUUGCAAACUUCAUCUCCAAGCUGCCACUGGCUGAAUGUUCCAUGCCUAUUUUAGUGGAAGGUCCAUAUGGUACAAAUAUUCCGUUCAAGGCUUAUGAUCAUUCGGUGUUCAUUGCUGGGGGCGUUGGAAUGACUGUUGUUUAUUCCAUGUGUAUGGAUCUUGCUCAAAUAUACCGCGCACAAGUUUUAAGGGGUCAGAAGACAUCGAACGAAAAGUCCAUUUCCGUUGUUUGGAUAGUUCCAAACUUUGAAUCAGUGCUCCUCUUCAGGGAAGAGGUUGAACGAUUGAGAGAGUUCAGCGAAAUUCUUCAAUUGAAGAUCUUUGUUACGAGGCACCACGUCAAUAUUCCAUGUGAACAACACACCGCUCAGGAGACAGAUCCUAUGGAGAACACUAGUCUUCGUAAGGUUGAUCAUAUUGUAGAGUCUGCAUUAAUACAUGAUGGCUCUCAUGCCCACACUGAAGGAUGCAAAGAUAAAGAAAAAGCCGGGGAUGCACUCUCGCAGCAGAAAGUGGAAAUGCAGCAGUUUCUUGCAGACUUGGCUGAGAAAAAUGGUUCGAGCUCAGUUUCAAUUGAAUUUAGCGAGAGACCAGAUUUGACGGAAACAUUGAAGAGUAUUUAUGCUCUUGAAGGACCAACUGCAAUUAUUGCAUGCGGUCCAUCUACAUUAAAUGCCGACGUUAGGGUUGCUACAGUUGAAUGCUUAAGAAGACACAAGCAUGUCGAAUACUAUGAGCAAGAACUUUUAUGGUAA